AAAAAACAAUAAAACCUCAAAACUGACACCUGCCAACAAAAAAUGGGAAAAUACAAAAAAAUUACAGUUAACAAGUAAAAAAUAGAAAAAAUGCGCGAUUCCAAGUGUGAUUUGAUGAAACGCCGCGCUUCCAUCGCUCGCGGCGAGCUGGAGUCCGCAUCGAGUUUAGACGUGAAGGCGUCCUCUAUACUGAGCAGCUGCAGGAUCUGUUUGUCCUCUAUUUUCGACCCCGCGGCGCUGACGUGCGGCCACAGGUUCUGCGAGAGAUGUCUGGACCAGUAUUGGAGGGUGCGAGAGAAGCCAGACUUUAUUGUGUGUCCGCUGUGCCGCGCUUGCGCCUUCAACGUCGACUUUGCUAAGCAACAAAAGGAGGAAGGGGCCUCAACAGAAGACUUUAGAAAGGUGUUCAGUGAGAUGCAAAAUAUAAAUGGGACAGACUUCAACAAUACUGUAGUUGUAUGUCUCAAGAUCAGUGUGAUCAUGCCAGCAUUAUACUGUCUUGUCAAAUGGCUCAAGAUACCUUUCGUAGAACUUAUAACCAGCAUACAUUCAAAGUUCACGCGUAAAAUGUAAAUUCAUGUACCAAAUAUUGUAUUGUGAAUAUAAUUUAAUAUAAUAAGCAAAAAUAUUACAUGA